AUGUCAAUGGAUAAACAUCAAUGGCAAAGAAUAAAAUGUGAAGAACAAAUAAAAUAUCUUAUUAAUUUACGACAACGUUUUCGACAAUAUUUAAAACAAAAUUUUAAUAUUGUAUGGUAUUCUGAUGCACAAAAUUAUUUUCAAGACGAUUUAGAAUUACUUGAUGUAUCACUUAUUGAAUGUUUUUGUGAUCUUGUUAAUAUUCAUCAUUCAUUCUCAAAUGAAAUAGGUGAUCAAUUUAAACUUGAAUUGAAAUGUGAAAAAUCAUCAAAUACUAAUGAUAAACUUGAUGAAUCAAUGAAAAGAAUCUAUUUUAACCGUCGACACCGAGCUUUGAUUAAUAGUCGUGAAAUUUUACUUGAUGAUUUAAUCAUAUCGAUAAAUGAAAAUAUUCAAAAUCGAAUGCUUAAAAUACGUGCUAUAUGUGUACUUGAUGAAGAAUUAAUUUUUAUUCAACACGAAUUAACAUCAAAAUCCAUUGGAGAACAAGUAGCUAUUCGCUUACAUCAAAUUCGUGCAAUGAUUAAUGUCUUUUUUAAACAAACAUCUCAAUCAUCAUUUGAAGAUAGUCGAGCUAUGAUUCCACUUGUUCAUUCUUGUGAUUCAUUUCUUUCAACAUUUCGUCUAUUUUUAAAUAGUACAAAUUCUGACAUAAGUUUAAAUUCUUCAUUAGAUACUCAAAAUGAAUAA